AUGGACAACUUCAAGCGAACGUCCAUAUUCCAGUUUCCCUACGCCAGUGUCCCUUCGCAGCUCCUCGAGCUGCUGCAUGACCGCAGCCUUUUCAUCGACCCGGACCGAGCCCGCGUGCUCCUGUCCAACCACCCUGCGCAGCGCAAAACACCCGAGUUCCGCAUUCUGCCCUGCCUGGGCCUCCUCCAGAAUCCAGACGGCGGCACCCGAUACGACGGGUUUGUCUUCCGGAAUCCCCACGAGGGUCUCGAGCCUUUUCCUUUUGCAUUCCUCAAAGGGCUCCACAAGAAUUUCCGAAGCCAGAACGUCGUUUUCUUCCGCAACAAGACCGCGGACGCCCUCAGCACGGAGCAAAUCUCGUUACCGUACCUGAUUGGAUUCUCGUACGCGGGGCCCGACAGGCCCGACAAGAUCUGCGGAGAGGACCUGAAUGGGACUGGGAAGCACGUAGCGGACGAAGAGGACGUCCGCCGUCAUUUGCUAGCAGGCUACCGCAAGCCUCUCCCCAGCAAGAUGGGCACCAUAUACGCGUCGGCCGUUCGUCGCUGCCUCGAGGGAACCUUCUCACCCUCUGCAGCAAUAGUAGAUGACGGCGCCAACGACGAUGACCAUGAUUUCGUGCAUGAGUUCUGGUCCACGGUUAUCAAAGAGCUGGAGCGCUGCCACACCUGA